AGAGAGGAGACAGGAAGAGGGGGAGCAGGCUACGGAGACGGAGGAGAGGAACGGAGAGAGACGGGCUGGAGAGGAGCAGAAAGGGAGGAGAAGGGGUGAGACGGUGAGAGGCAGGGAGCAGGAUGUCCAUGUGAGGAUCAGAGGACGGAUCCAGGACGUUUUCUAGUUUAUGAAUCACGACAGGAGACCUGCUUGGUCUCCCUCGGGUCUUAUCAAGGAUAUCAGCAAGGUCGUCACCGAACGUCCCAGGUGGGAACUGAAGUCCUUCCACCACUGGCUGGAUGUAUCACCCAGCGGAGCCCUACCCAGGCCGAGCCAGCUGGUACCCCCAGCCCAACGGAGGUCCCGAUAGAGGCCAGUGGGGUCCGAUGAGCGACCGCACAUGGAGCCCCAGCAACAGGUUUCAUGGAGGCCAUAGCCAACCUCAACGCCCACACACACACCACCUCUACACAAGGGGGGAACGGAAAUCAUCCCAGCACUCCCAAGACAAGGUUCCCCCCCGGGGACACAGAUCACCGUUACACUCCUGGGAGCACAAGAACCAGCCCUACGAAGGCCACACCUCCUCCCAGCGUAGCUCCUCCCACGCAUUCCAGAACUGGACUCGAACCCACGGCGGGAACGGGCCUCCCUCAGGUCCUCCGGGGGAACUCUACGCCCCCUGGAGGGAGGAUGACAGCCACCCCAGGUACGGGCCCCUCCCUCCCCACCUGGACCCCGGCAGAGAUGCCCUACUGCAGCGCUGGGCCCAGGGGGACGGCUACCGCGACGCCGCGGGCCGGGCGGUGAGCCAGCGGGUGACGGGGGUCUGGAGACGGCCUGACGUCUACCAGCAGCACAGAGACCAGCUCCACGCCACACCAGCCCCCCGCGACGCCUGCCCCGCCAAGAGGAGGCGCAGCGACGGCCCUGACCAGACGCCGUUCUCUGGCUCCAAGCAUUCGUCGUUACCGCCUCAGGCCCUGUCUCCUCCGACCCGUUACCAUGACAAAUGGUACGGCCCCCGCCAUCGCCCGGACCCCCGAAGCCCCUCCCCUGCUCUGCAACAGGACACCUCUCAACCGCGACACGGAGCUCCGAGCGUCCACGACAGCAAACCAUCAGGCCACGCCCACCGGACCCCCCCCCCCGCGCCGCGCCACGCCCACCACCGGCCCUCCGCCCCGCCCGGAGGCGGCGGCGUCGCCAGGGCGACGCACCACGGCGGCCGGGAGAAGGGGGACCACCACAAACCCUGGUCGUCCUCGCCAGCAGAACACACGCGCGUGCCUUACGGUCAUCACCAACACGCCCCGCCCCCCCGGCACAGCCAGCCCCGCACCCCCCCCCACAGCCCCCCGCCGCGGGGCUGCUGGCCGGAGCCCCGCGGACACAGCCACCGGCCCAGCACAGAAGACGACAUCCAGUCCCCUGGGAGGGGCAAGUCCAGGAACCCUGGCCCCGUGCAGGGCUCUGCCGCGGACCCCCCCACGCCCCCCUCCCCCUCGGGGUCUCCCCCCCCUCGCCCCAGGCCCAGCGGGAGGCGAGAGCCCCUGGCCCCUGCCUCCGCACCCCCCCCGGGCAGGAAGCCGGCCGCGACGGCCCCGAGACACCCCCCGUCAGACAUCCUGCCCCCCGGUCCCCCCGCCCCCGCCCCUGGAGCCAAGGCCUGCCCCUCAGAGAGGUCAGAGGUCGAGGUCAGGAGGACCCCCUCCCAGAAGGCCGUCCGUAAGAAGCCCAGACCCUCGCAGGCCCCGGAGACCAAGACCAAACGCAGCGGACACGAGCGGAAACAAGAGAAGCUGAGCCGGCUGAAGGAGAGGCUGAAGAAGAAGGAGAGGAGGGUGAGAGGAGGGGAAGGUGAAGAAGCUGCGAGGGUCCAAAAGCCUCUCCUCCAGGAGGGAGGACUCCAAACUCCGACACCAGAGGAAGAAGAAGCGAGAGAAAAGCAAGCGGUUGAAGGAGGAGUCGGGGGCGACGGAGACCGCGGAGAACGGAGUGAAGACGGCGCCGCCGCCGCCGCCGCCGCCGCCACAGCCCAGAGCGCCGGGUCACCCAGAGAUCCACCGGAGGAUCCUCUCCCAGAAGGACCGGCCCCCGCAGACACUGGCCGGCCCCUCCAAGUUAAAACACCGAGAGCGCCCUGGGAGAGCAGCGAAGGCCCCCGGGCGCAGAGCAACGGCUGCCGGCCCGGCGGACCCUCCCCCCCCCCCCUCACCUCCCCUCCUACAAACCCUCAGAGGAGGGCCGCCCCUCAACCAGACCCCCCCCCCAGCCGUCCCCCCCGCGCCCAGCCCCUAAGACCCCCCCCAGCCCCGCCCGGCGCCCGCUCCCAGCGACGCCACAACGCAGGCCGGCCGCCGACCCCACCGCCCGCCCCCCUCACCGGCCCCCGGCCUCCCCGCCUGCGCCCCGCUCGGGGGGGGCCCCCGAGGAGGCCCGGGCUGCUGCGGGCCCCCGACCUGCAGCCGGCGGCGGGCCAGGGGCCGGUUCUGGAGCUGGGGCAGAGCCCGGCUGCCAGCCCCCCGGUGCUGAGCUGGCAGGGCUCCCCGGUGUCCUCCCUGGAGGAGGACGAGGAGGAGCUGGAGGCGGGGCCCCUGAUUGGCCCCGUGCUGCAGCCCAGCCCCACCCACAGCGGCACCGUCUCCCACGACGACGCCGUCUCCCACGGCGACAGCCUCCCCCAUGGCGACGCCCUCCCGCACGACGCCGGCGUCUCCCGCGGCAACGCCGAGGAGGCGAGCAAGGACCGUCUCGGGGUGAGGGACGCGGUGGGCCGCGACCACGGCGAUGAGGAUGAAAGGGUUGAGGGUUGUCACGGCGACGCAGAGAUGGCCACUCCCCGGGUGAUCGGAUCCGGAGAGGGAGAGGGAGAGAGAGACGGAGGCGGAGAGGGAGAGGGAGGGGGAGAGGGAGGGGGAGAGGGAGAGGGUGGUGGAGAUAAAGAUGGAGAGAAGGAGGACGGAGAGAGCGUCGGAGAGGACGCAAACAAAGACGGACCAGAACACGGAGAGAAGGAGGAGCAGAGAGGAGGAGGUGAGGAGGGAGGGAAGGAGGACAAAGAAGAGUACGGGGAUGAAGAUGGAGAGAAGGAGGAGACGGAGGAGGACGGCGAUAAAGACGAGGUAGACGAAGAGAAGGACCACAAGACGGAGGCGUCGGACUCGCUGCUGCUCCGCCGGUUCCAGGCCCACCAGGACGGGCUGGACGACGUCUUCAAGAGCCUGGCCACCUUCCUGGGGGGCCAGAGCGUGACCUGCCGCGGGGGCCCCUUCGGACGCGUCCCGGCCUCGUCCCUGGGGCCCGUGAAGAGCUCCUCGUCUCUGACCCUGGGGCCGCAGAUCAGCUGCAUGGACCAGCACGACCCCCCCUCUGACCCAAAGACCUCUGGGAGACACAGCAGCCAAUCACAGGCCCUCGCCGCCUCAGACGAGCCCCCCUCCUACUCCGAUAAACCCCCCUCAGAGGUUCUGGAGAGCGGCGGGAAGCCGCCGGCGGGGGGGCGGGUCGAGCUGCGGCUCACCACCACGCACACUUCCUGCCUGGCCGACGACCUACUUCCUGUCCCUGCCAAGGCGGACGCAGGAAGCCGAGACGGAACCGCCCCCAGCCGGACAGACAGGAAGAGGAAGCAGGCGGCGGGGGCCGGCGGGGGGGGGAAGGCCAGGAGGAGUGAUGUCAUCAGCAAACAGGAAGCUGCUCAGGCUGCCCAGGAGGCGGACGCCGGGCCCGGGGACCCCCCCUCUGACCAACGCUCUCAGGAACCCCCCCUCGGCGCCCCCCAGGGACCCGGGGAACCCCCCCCGCAGGAGACCCCAGCGGUGGAGUUCAACCAGCAGGGUGCCGGCCCCGCCCCCAGCACCCCCUCUGGCCCCGCCCCCCCCCUCACCACCCCCCGUCCCACGCCGGGCUCGGCGGACGCCUACAAGAGGAAGGCGCUCUCCAUGGGGCUGUCCAGGGAGCUGAAGAUCCACCUGAUCAAGGUGGAGUGGCGGGGGGCGGACUCCUUCGUCACCUCGGAGCUGAAGGAGCGCCGCAUCCCGCUGUCCAAGGUCAACAUCGGCAACAGCUCCAGUGAGGUGGUCCGCGCCUGCAGGGCUGCGAGGGUCAACGGCAAAUUCAAGGAGUCCCACCUGCUGCCAGCCUUCUCCGUCAAACCCCUGAUCGCCACGGAAACGCCCAUCCCCCGGGACAAGCUCAACCCCCCCACACCCAGCAUCUAUCUGGAGAGCAGGAGGGAUUCAUUCUCUCCGGUUUUGCUGCAGUUCUGCACCAACCCCAAGAACGCCGUGACCGUCAUCAGAGGUCUGGCCGGCUCCCUCCGCCUCAACCUGGGUCUGUUCUCCACCAAGUCCCUGGUGGAGGCCAACGCGGACCACGCGGUGGAGGUGCGGACUCAGGUUCAGCAGCCGGCCGACGAGAACUGGGACGCCAGCGGGUCGGCCCAGACCUGGCCCUGUGGCAGCAGCCGCUCGCACACCACCAUCGCCAAGUACGCCCAGUACCAGGCCUCCAGCUUCCAGGACAGCCUGCAGGAGGAGAAGGACAGCGAGGACGAGGAGGGGGGGGCGCCGCCCGAGGAGGCCGCCGACACCCCCCCCGCCAGCCCCCCCGCCAGCACUAAGGGGGCGUCUCCCCCCUGCGGAGCGACCGCCGACACCAGCCCCCCCACUCUGAGCCACAGCCCCCCCGGCCCGGAUCAGAAGCCGGUGGGGAAGAUCAUCAAGUUCGGGACCAACAUCGACCUCUCCGACCCCAAGAGGUGGAAGCAGCAGCUCCAGGAGCUGAUGAAGCUGCCGUCCUUCAUGCGCGUGUCCUCCUCCAACAACAUGCUGAGCCAUGUGGGCCAGACCAUCCUAGGCAUGAACACCGUCCAGCUCUACAUGAAGGUCCCAGGCAGCAGGACGCCAGGUCACCAGGAGAACAACAACUUCUGCUCGGUCAACAUCAACAUCGGGCCGGGGGACUGCGAGUGGUUCGCCGUCCACGAGAACUACUGGGGCGCCAUCAACGCCUUCUGUGAGAAGCACGCGGUGGACUACCUGACGGGGUCCUGGUGGCCGGUGCUGGAGGACCUGUACAGCUCCAACAUCCCCGUGUACCGCUUCAUCCAGCGGCCGGGCGACCUGGUGUGGAUCAACGCCGGCACCGUGCACUGGGUUCAGGCCGUGGGCUGGUGCAACAACAUCGCCUGGAACGUGGGGCCUCUGAACGCCUACCAGUAUCAGCUGGCUCUGGAGCGGACUGAGUGGAACGAGGUGAAGAAGGUGAAGUCCAUCGUCCCGAUGAUCCACGUGUCCUGGAACGUGGCGCGCACCGUCAAGAUCUCCGACCACGACACCUACAAGAUGAUCAAACACUGCCUGCUGCAGUCCAUCAAACACAUCCAGGUGCUGAGGGACCAGCUGCUGGAGGCCGGCAAGAAGAUCUCCUACCAGCCCCGCGUCAAGGACGAGCCCGCCUACUACUGCAACGAGUGUGACGUGGAGGUGUUCGACCUGCUGCUGGUCACCAGUGAGAACAGCAGCCGGAAGAGCUAUGUGGUUCACUGUGAGGACUGCGCCCGCUCCAAGAGCCCCGCGCUGGGGGGGGUGGUGGUGCUAGAGCAGUACCGCCUGGAGGAGCUGAUGAAGACCUACGACACCUUCACCCUGGCUCCGACCCCCAUCUCCAACCAAUCAUGUCUCUGACUCAAUAUCGUUUACAUCACACAACAAGGUAUGGACACGCCUCCAGCCACGUCUCUAGCUCACUGUCUUCCCCAUACCAGCUGCUGAUUGGACGUGUGUUUUUACAUAGAAUGACUAGACUGGUUAAAACUCAAGCAUAUCAAACGCAGACCAAUAAACAGGGAGGGCCCGCCCCCAGCUCCGGGAGGCCCCGCCCCCAGCACCGGGAGGCCCCGCCCCCAGCACUGAGAGGGCCCGCCCCCAGCACCGGGCGGCCCCGCCCCCAGCACCGGGAGGCCCCGCCCCCAGCACUGAGAGGGCCCGCCCCCAGCACUGGACAUCAGGUCUCCCACGUUCAACGGACUCCGCUGUGAUUCAGAAGCGUCAAGUAGCCGAUUUUCUAUGUUCAUUCAGGUACUUUUAUGCAAAUCCUGGUGUUUUUUUUAUACACACACACCGAUCUAGUUAUUCUAUUUGUCCACGAGCGUGCUGUGACACUCUGGUACCAGCAGGGGGAGAAGUUUUUCACACUGGCAUCGAACCAACCGGUUUUAGUUUUUGGUAUUCAGGUAAACUCCUACAUUUCUAUUUCCUCGUUCUGUGUACAAUCCGAGGUGCUAUUCCGAUCUCGUAUACUCUGAUCGGUAUUACGAAGUAUUUAAACGUUCCACCAGCCUAGAGUUGCACCACAUUAGCCUUUUGAACUGUAUUCUAAAACGGAGACGAUUCAACGGCGCGAGAAGAUAAUGUGAUUCUAAAAGGAAAUCGGUUCUCUGAAAUACGGGUUUAGCAGAGGACUAAUCUGGUUUCUUUCUGGGCUGGCAGCCCGCUGUCGGACUGCUGACGGUGCAUCCAGAUGUCUUUGUUUUCCAUUCGAGUCCUGCUCACUUGUGGACGGUGCUGACGAUACAACGUUCAAGGUUUACUCUACGUUUUGUGUUUUUAAACGGGAACACUGUCCCAUGUUUUCCUUUGUACCUCUUUGGUUCCGACGUCCCACCCUGUUGGAGGGGGGGACUGUAAAUGGUGACUGUAUAGUGUAAAUAACGUUGAGUGGAGGCUAUGGUGUGGAACCCCCCUGCCGCCCCUGGACUGGGGUUCAACUCUCAGAUUGCCAAAGGGACACGCAGUCAUUAAAGGCAGCAUUCAGGAGCAAGGGGUCGUGAAUCAAACGUCUGGCCUGAAUACCUACAAUCAAGUGAAGAGCAGUCCUUUGGCUGUUUGGACUUUGUAGGGAGAGCCCUGCUACUUAGCUAGCUUAGCCUCCCAGAUAAGGGCUAGCCCUGGUGAGAUGGGGUCAGACUUUACGAGCCCUUUGACAGACUGCUACAUUCCCUGAUACAUCCCUCUACGAUUCCUUUGAUUUUAAACUGCAAAUAUAGUUUUUGUGUAGAUAGCUAAACAAAUCAGGCAAAAGCAACAGACACAUGCCUGCAUGUUCUGUUUUUUUUUAUUAACAUAUCAAUAAAAUAAUGUUUGCUAGCACAUGAGCUAAUGAUAGGAGCUGGUCCCAAGGUGCUUGGAAACAUUUUUGUCAAACAAUCAAAAUAGAAAACUUUUCACAAUUUUGCCGCUAAUCAAUGUAUAUAUUUGUUUUCGUUUAUUUGACGUUCUUGUUUGGCUUUGAAUACAGAAUCUGCUUUAUAAAUGGUUAAAUCUUUGAUCUGUGUGAAGAAUCUGUGCUGCCGUCACUGUAACACAACAUAUGUCUGUAGCGUUUCUCAUUCUGCUUACAAACGUAUUUAAAUCGAGUUCCUUCGCCGUUUUAUACCUCUUUACGUUCCCAGUCCGAUCUUUUCGGACGACAAAGAAAAUGAAAGAAAGAAUUGUAGAUUGUGACUUUAUUUAUCCUGUAUAUGGUUGUUUUCUUAAAUAUAUUUAUUGCGAUGGUACUUCAUUGACUUUGGGGCUACACAGUGAUAAACAAGACACCCGUGAUGCACUGUGGGUAGUGGGGGGAAGGGGAGGGGGUGCUGGAUGCUGUUCUUGGUGCUAGACUGCAGCGUGAUCCACCGAGGAGACGGUGCUAAGUGGACCGCUACGCUCCACCGGUGGCCAAAGGGUUCUUCGUAGGUUGAAUCCGGGAAAAUGAAUAUGGUGACUAUAUAUGACAUUGGUUUAAAUCCCUGAUCCAAUCCAGAAAGGCUUGAAUCCUUCACUUGACCGCAGGGAAGGUAUCUUAAAUUGUAAUGUAUAUUAAACUAACGUUAGUCAAAUGCAUUUCUCGGUUAGGGUUAGGGUUAGUGUUAGUGUUAGGAGUCAGUGUACGAGUUUGACUGACAGGCUGCCAGUCCAAUCCUAGCGUUUGAGACGGGACAUUUUUUCCGGAUUCCGCCUACGAAAAACAGUCGCCUAGCGGUGGACGCUCUGAACACUGUUACAGAUGACCCCGGUGGACGUUAUUGAACUUGUUAUUAACGUUGUUAUAGUUACCAUCACUCCAGGAUCGCAGAUCGUUGGCGGCCUUUUACUUGGUGUUUCCGUCGCGGUCGUACGAUCUCUCACGGUGAGCCGUCUUUGUUUUACGGUGAACUGGAACCACGGUUGUCAACAGACUCUGGGAACAGACUGCACUGAGACUCUAACGUUGUGUUGUUAUCGAUCUAUCUGGUCCACGUGUUGAUCAGCGGUGUGUUCCCCUCUCGACCUGUUUGUAUUUAUUUUGCACUGAUCUGAAGGUUAACUCGUCAACAACAACAACACCACCGGGCCGGACCUGUCUUAAGACCUCUGUGAUUUUCUGUGACAUACUGUUGUUGUUUAAAAGAAAUAAACCUGUUUUGAUAAAUUCUUUA